CGAAUUUUGCCUCAACCGCCAUUGCAGUCACACAGCCGUCGCUGCCAACGGAGGAUGGAGCACCUGGACCUGUACCUCAAGGCCGACCGCGACGCCGUCGACAAGGCCAACGGCAACGAGCGCUGCACAAUGUACAUCAUCUUCCUGCGCAACCUGUCGACGGACCACAAGUACACGGCGAAGCGCCGGUACUCGGACUUCUACGAGCUCCGGAACCAGAUCUUAUGCCUUAUUGAAGGCCACUGCGACCGCUGCAACCAGCACUACGAGGACAUCAAGUCGUACCCGUUCCCAAGCCGGACGCUCUUUCCUCUGCUGGCGGCGCAGACAAGCGUCAUCACCGAGCGCAUCGACAGCCUCUGUCUCUUCCUCAAGGACAUGCUCCGCCACGUGCUCGAGCGUCCGUUCGACCUGUGCGCCCACACGGACACUACGAUCCGAAGAAAGCUCAUCGUCGAGUUCCUCGAGCUCGACGAGGCUAAUGUCAUGCCCCGCCCGCGCGUGCACCCGGCGGACGACGUGCGCAAAACCCCGAACCCCCGACCUGUCAAGCCGCCCCACAGCAAGUCGCCGCGAAAGGCCCGCGUCGCUGCCGACACGUGUCCGAAGUGCAUGGACACGUGGAUCAACUGCCUCUGUGACGACCAAGACGAUGCGCGUGUCGGCCCCCGGCGCCACUCGGACAGGUGAUCGCAUGCAGUCUUGUUAAUGCUCCAAACCAAUCUCUCGUCG